AUGCCCGGCAAACAGUCAGAUGAGGAACAGGUGGAGGCAGGGGCUGCCGAAAAUGUAGCUGAGGAGGACCUAGGGGGCCUCACGGCAGAGGAGCUCCGGCAGGGCCAGGAGGCAGCCCUGGAGCUAGAGGACAUGAUGGCGCUAAGUGCGCAGACCCUGGUCCGGGCCGAGGUGGACGAGCUUUACCAGCAAGUGCGUUCCCUGGGCCAGGGCCGCUUUGGCCGGGUCCUGCUGGUCACCCAUCGUCAGAAAGGCACGACCCUGGCGUUGAAACAGCUCCCGAAGGCGUCCACUUCCCUCCGUGGCUUCCUGUACGAGUUCUGCGUGGGCCUCUCGCUGGGCACGCACCCAGCCAUAGUCACGGCCUACGGCAUUGGCGUCGAGUCGGCCGACUCCUACAGCUUCCUGACAGAGCCCGUCCUGUAUGGGGACCUCAUCACCUUCAUCCAGCCCAAGGUGGGCCUCCCGCAGCCGGCAGUCCAGCGCUGUGCGGCCCAGCUGGCCUCAGCCCUGGAGCACAUCCACUCCCGGGGCCUGGUGUACCGGGACAUCAAGCCCGAGAACGUGCUGGUGUGUGACCCGGCCUGCCAGCGGGUCAAGCUCACCGACUUCGGCCACACGAGGCCGCGCGGGACGCUGCUGCGCCUGACCGGGCCGCCCAUCCCUUACACGGCCCCUGAGCUCUGCUGCCCUCCGCCCCUGCCCGAGGGCCUGCCCAUCCAGCCCGCCCUGGACGCCUGGGCGCUGGGGGUCCUGCUCUUCUGCCUGCUCACUGGCUACUUCCCCUGGGACCAACCCCUGGCUGAGGCCGACCCCUUCUACGAGGACUUCCUCAUCUGGCAGGCGUCCAGCCAGCCCGACGACCGUCCUCAGCCCUGGUUCGGCCUGACACCCGUGGCCGACAGUCUCCUGUGGGGACUGCUGGACCCUCACCCCCGGAAGAGGAGCCCCGUGAGCUCCGUCCGGGACUACCUGGGGCGUCCCUGGAGGCAGCGGGAGGGGGAAGCUGAAGAGGUGGAGGAAGGGGAUGUCGAGGAGGAUGGAGAGUGA